CACAAAUAUGACGGGUUUCGUCCUCCUGCAGUGUUUUUUCCUUGGAUUUGUCAUCUCAGUUUUUGCGCAAGUUCGCCAAGUGACGGACGAGAACACCGGUCCAGCCUUUAUUCUUAACUCUGACUUGUAUUUGUCCGGAAUAGUGAAGAGUCAAGAUGGAUUGUUCGGGAUUUUCCGGGCGGAAAACAGUCAGCUCGGUACAAAUCUGGUCGUUUACGUCAACUUCAUUUCAAACGAAGUGGUCAUUCGAAUGCGCUCCAGAGACGGUCGGACUUAUAAGUUAACGUUUCCGGUUCGAGAAUUACAACAACUUGAUGCCUUCCGGUUAAUUAUACAUCUGAGCAAAUUGGGGUCUACAUCAAAUGGUAUAGCACUUUAUAUCAACUGUGAACCUAUCGCGCGAGACAAUACAGAAGUUCCAUUAAGGGAAGGACUGCUUGGAGAACCUACCAUCACAAAAGACGACGCUUUUAACCUCUACACAAGCCCAUCUGUUGAGGCCGUUUUUGACAACCAGGGCUGUGACGUCGAGCCAGAUCGGACACUCGCCUUACCUACACACACGGUCACGAACAACAUUCCAAACGAAGUCCCACUACGCCCCCCACCUGUCAGCUAUGACAAUGAUGGCGACCGACUGACACGUGAUCGGACCAGAUAUAACGAAGUUCCGGUGGCAGUUCCGCAUAUUUCGACAGAUUACCAUCAGUUUCAGUCUUUGGCGACUACCAUGCGGGACUUAAGUUAUUCAGUCCGCCAACUCCAGAGGGAGAUUCAAAUGCAGACGAGAGAGACCCGCCAUCUACGAGAGACCCUGCGCCAAUGUCACAUGUGUCGUAGUCCCACCACAGUAAUGUCGGAACAGGACAGACGUAGAGAAAUUCCGCUUCCACCAGAACGAACAUGCGCAUUAAACCCUUGUUUCCGAGGCGUACGAUGUGUAGAUUCAUCACGUGGCUUCCGUUGCGGUGCUUGUCCAAGAGGGUAUCUUGGGAAUGGUGUGCGGUGUGAACUUCCGCCUACCUGCGCCAUCAAGCCUUGUUUCGAAGGGGUUGCAUGUGAAGAUACACGGGCUGGAUAUAAAUGUGGCCCAUGUCCCCCGGGAAUGACUGGAGACGGUCGGAGAGGUAGCUGCCGCGUUAUCAGAAUUGGUUGUGAAACAAAACCUUGUUUCCGUGGAGUGCCGUGCACAGACACACGCGAGGGGUUCCGAUGUCACUCCUGUCCACCUGGUAUGACUGGUGACGGACGGAAGGGAAAUUGUCACGUGGUCAGGAUAGGAUGUGAAACCAAUCCGUGUUUUGAUGGAGUAGAGUGUACCGACACCCUCGAAGGGUUCAGCUGUGCUCCCUGUCCACCAGGUAUGACAGGAGACGGUUUGAGGGGCGGAUGUCUGAUAAUGAGAAUUGGAUGUGACGUUGAUCCUUGUUUCCCAGGGGUCCCGUGCACCGAUACCGAAGAGGGAUUCCUAUGCGAAAACUGUCCAAUUGGUUUCCAGGGCAACGGAACGGUUUGCACAAACGUGAAUGAGUGUGAACACCAUAAUCCGUGUUCAGAUAUAACUGAAUGCAUUGACACGGUCCCUGGCUUCGAGUGUUCUGAAUGUCCACCAGGUUACAUUGGGAAUGAUGUCGGGGGUUUCGGCGUAGAAAUGGCACUAAAUCAGACCCAGGUGUGUGAGGAUAUUGAUGAAUGUGUGACCCUUGACGAGUUAUCCGGUGGGUGUGCACAAAAUUCUGUUUGUGUCAACACUGUGGGAAGCUUUGUAUGUGGUGAUUGUGUGGAUGGUUACGUUGGCAAUCAGACGUUCGGAUGUCGUAAAAUAGGCACACAGUGUCCAGAUGGAGUUUCCGAAUGUGACAUCAAUGCACGUUGUAUCCUACGCAGAGGAAUAAAAGGCUUUAUCUGUCAGUGCAGUAUCGGUUAUGCCGGUAACGGAUUUGUAUGCGGGAAGGAUUCAGAUGUUGACAGCUGGCCUGACGACACAAUAGAUUGUACCAGCGCCAGGUGUAAGAAGGACAAUUGUCCAGAUAUCCCAAAUAGCGGUCAGGAGGACACGGACUCUGACGGUAUUGGCGAUGCGUGCGACGUUGAUAUCGACAACGAUGGCAUCAUCAAUUCUCCGGAUAACUGCCCGUAUGUUGCAAACCCCAGUCAGGCUGAUGAUGACACCUCUGACAUACAAGGUGAUGCUUGCGACAAUUGUCCGCGAGUUCCAAAUCCCGACCAAAAGGACACUGAUGAGGACGGAAUUGGUGACAUGUGUGACCCAGACAAGGACAACGAUGGGGUUUUCAACAAUGAAGACAACUGUGAGUAUGAAGUCAAUCCCGACCAGCUGGAUAGUGAUGGAGAUCAGUACGGAGAUGCUUGUGACAAUUGUCCAUCCGUCCCUAACCCAGGUCAGAUUGAUUCUGACAACGACCUCAUCGGCGACCUUUGUGAUUCUAACGACGAUGAUGACCAGGAUGGUGUACAGAAUACAGACGAUAACUGCCCGGAUGUAGCUAACUCUGAUCAGGCAGACACGGACAAAGACGGCAUGGGAAAUGCGUGUGACAAUGAUGACGACAAUGAUGGCGUACUAGAUGAGGACGACAACUGCCCCCUGGUGGCCAAUUCCGACCAAGCUGAUUUUGAUGACGAUUUUAUUGGUGACGCGUGUAUGGAAGAUAGUGACGGAGACGGAUACCCGGAUGCAGAAGAUGUCUGCCCUGACAACGGAGAGAUCCAUUCAACCGACUUCCGGGCCUUCCACACUAUCAUAUUGGACCCCGUGGGAGACUCACAGAUAGACCCCAACUGGGUGAUCCUCAAUGAGGGAGCAGAGAUUGUUCAGACCAUGAACAGCGACCCUGGGAUAGCCGUCAGUUACACAAAAUUUAGUGGGGUCGACUUCAGUGGAACGUUUUUUAUCAACUCGGAAGUAGACGAUGAUUAUGCCGGAUUUAUAUUCAGUUACCAAGACAACGCCCACUUCUAUGUUGUCAUGUGGAAGAAAGCUACCCAGACUUACUGGCACCCAACCCCAUUCAGGGCGGUAGCGGAGCCAGGAAUACAACUCAAACUUGUCAAAUCGGUGACGGGGCCGGGCGAAUUUCUACGUAAUGCACUCUGGCACACUGGCGAUACAACAAACCAGACAAAACUCCUGUGGGUUGAUCCCCGUAACAUUGGAUGGAAGGAAAAAACUGCCUACCGCUGGGAGCUCAUCCAUCGUCCGGAAAUUGGACUUAUACGGGUGUUGUUCUUCGAGGAGGCGAGUUUGGUAGCCGACUCCGGAAAUAUAUUCGACAACACCUUGCGUGGUGGCAAGCUUGGAGUGUUCUGUUUCUCACAGGAAAUGGUCAUCUGGUCUGACCUGGUGUACCGAUGUAACGAAUAUGUGCCGGAUGCACUGCUGAAUGAAGGGGCGGAUCCGCUGGAACCGGGAACCGAUCUGGAUGAGGAACUCAAAAAGGCAGAUACGUAAAGCGGAAGUAGCUUUGUCGCCAUUUUGGUGUCAUUGAAUUAAACAAUGUGGUGUCUGGAGUUGGUUUCAAAAUCGCCUGGCACGUAACCUGAGGCAAACGUUUGCCUUGAAAGCUGAUAUAAGUAAUAAGAAUUGACACUUGAAGGGCAACUCCUGUUUGUUUAAUUAAUUACGUUUUUUAAGCUUUUCGCUGAGUUCAUAGUUUGAAGGUGUCUUGUGUUUGGAAGAACAGUUAGUAAGAAAGCGAAUUGCUUAUUUGAUAUGUAAAUAUAUAAAACCUCUAUUAUCUGUAUAUAAAUGAGUUUUGAAAAUCAACUUUACUGAGACCCUGUAUUUCAUAUUUACUGCUUUCAGAUAUGAAUCGGGUCAGUAUAUGUUAUUAUUCUUUUUCAUCUAAAUUCUGUGUUAGAAUUAAAGUGCAUGCUUCAUCCACUUAUUUUUGUCAGUGUUAAGGUGUUAUGCUACACUUUCAUUUAAGAUAUUUGAAGACGAGAUUCAUUUCUGCCUUUCAUGAUUAACAUAACCAGAAAACACUUUGAAAUACAUUAACUGAUUGGUGUAUGACGUUUACAUCUUUUUUUUUUGGGUGAUAACAACUUAUCUAUGAACGAUGUUUUUUUUAAAACGAUUUGAUCAGGAAAUUUCCGCACCAAUAUUGAUCUGGAGGUUGAUAAGAUGAAAUCUUUUAUGCAUUUAAUCAUAUGUUAAUAUCAACUUUUGGCUUAAAAGGCACUCUUAGUUGUUUAUAAUUGCUGGGGAUUGUUGUUCGAAUGAUACAUUUUCAAUAAUAUUACUUUUAUUUUUCAUUUACAUAAAAUUUGUUUGUAAUUGUGCGUGUCCAAACACUUUAUAUAUGGUGAAGAAUUUAACAGCAUGCGGCAAAUUUUUAUAGGCAGGCGAGGUCCAAUUUGAUUUUGGCUUCUAUAGAGUUAUCACCAUCUGUUACACAUAGCAAGACAAUUUCGUCACCAUUUAUAUUUAACUAAAACACCAUAUUUAACUAAACACACCAUAUUAGGAGUGCUGAUUAAAGAAUUUACUUUUUAUUUUGUAGUUUGAGGUCAGCUAGUUCAAACGAAAUAUCAGUGACACAUUCGGAACAACUCAUUUCGUAUCGUAUCUUACAAUGACAAUGAACAUACAUGUAAAAUAAACCGUGAAAUAAGAAGUGAUUUUCUGUCAGAGUCGAAAAAGUUAGAAAAUGUGUAUAAAUUGACUGUUCAACUUAUAUUAUUGUAGAGCUUUUUUCAUGAUGAUUUUAUCACUCAGAUUUUCGGAGAUAUAUACAUCGUCUCGAGGUAAUUUCAAACGAUCUUUUAAUGUUAAUGAUAUAGAAAUAUUAUUCUUAUUUCCAACAGAAAUUUAAUGGCUGAGAGGACACGUCACGUGACGUCCUUUGUCCACAUGAAAUGUAAGGUUUUAAUACAGAUAUUUAAUAGUGUGUUUAUAAUAUCAGUUCUUGUCAUUAAUUUCGUUUCAGCUUAUGAAUUCCCAACACUAUAGAACAAAAAAAACCGUAAAACGAAAUGUUAAAACUCCAGAACAAUCCGAUUUCAACACAUAGUUCAACAGUUUGUAAUUUAAAAUUUAAUGGAUGUCUCAUUUUGUCAAAUUGAUUAUUCAUUUGUGUUGUGUAAAAGGGAUUUUUAUGUUUAAUAAAAA